GAUUCUCCACUAUCAGUCUGAAGUCUUUCCUGCUCACAGUGGCCCCUUCAAGGAUCGAGUCCUGUGGAACGGGGAUGUUACAAAAGGAAACGCUUCCAUCAUCCUGAAGAAUUUAACACAGAGUGACAACGGAACGUUCAGUUGUGUGGUACAGAACCCACCAGAUCUAAGCAGUGAGAUGCCAAGCACUGUCCUCACUGUCACUGAGAAAGAGCUCCCGUUCCGCCUCAGUGUGACUGUCAUUCUGGUUCUGCUGGUAGUGAUUCCAUCUCUGCUGGUGGUCACAGUGCACCUGCUGUGGAUGGGCAAGAGGUUCGGGUUCUAUGGAGUCAGUUCCAAAAACAGAUCGAUAGAGCUCCUUGAGGGGUUUGAUAGAGAUGAAAAUGACCAGGGAAACAGGAUCUGUCUGUGUUGUGCGUCAUGUUUCCAGGAUUCUGAUGAAGAAGAUGAAGAUUUCCAUCGGUUUUAUCCAGCGUCUGAAUCAGUCACAUAGUUUGAAGUUUUUAUUAUCCCCCUGUGUCAGUGAGAUCAUCCCUGGACUCUAUGCUAAUCUGUUUAAGAGUUUCUUUCUCUGAAGAUGGUGUAGGGGAUUACUUAACAGUCACAACUUUCACUAAUAUACAGGGUCCAGGUUUGGGAGCGUCUUAUGUUGUUGCUCACUCCUUUCAUGUCUUCUCAUUAUUCACACUCUAAGGGAGUGCUUAAAGUUCUUAUUAAUGACCUCAGCAAUGUCAUACUGAAGAGAAGUUAGUGUACUGGGAUGGAAGGUCAUCUUACUGAAACAUUCACUCCAUUUCUGCCUCCACAGAUGUUGUCAAGCCUGUUGUGGAUUUCCAGCAUUUUCUGUUUUUAUUCAGAUUUCCAGUGUUUGCAGUAUUUUGCUUCUGUGUUAGGAGCCUGUUAUUGAGGGAAAAGGAACAGAAUGAAUCCAAACCUUCAGAAAUCUAUAGUCCAAUCCCAACUGGACGAUUGUGUGCAGUUCUGGGGCAGAAGUUGAUGGGGCUCAGUGAGGGACCGGGAGAUUCACGAGAAGGGGAUGUCAAUGAAGGAGUUUGGUUAAAUUAGAUUAAACUGGAGAAGCUGGGAUUGUUCACCAAGAAGGGUGAUUUAUUAAAACUGUGAAAUAUCA